CACUCCAAUCUUCCAAAGAUGAAGAAACUAACAACAUCUCUUAUGUUGACAAUCUCCUACCUCCUCCUCCUCACCGCCGCCACCCCCGCCCCGGGCCCGUGGGUCCAAACCCUCACCAAAGGCAACAAAAAAAUCACAAAGCUCCAUUUCUACGUCCACAACCUCGAACUCGGCCCCAACGCCACCGUGUACCGCGUUGCGACCGCCUCCAUCACCUCCACCUCCCCCACCAGCUUCGGCCAGGUCAACGUCUUCGACGACCGCGUCACGGCCGAGCCCGACAUCAAAUCUGAGCAAGUCGCCCGGGCGCAGGGCACGUCCGCCUACGCCGACCUCCAAGCCGGGGCCAUUGCCAUGACCGCAAACUUUUACAUAACGUCGGGAGAGUUCAACGGGAGCACGUUGGUCAUUGCCGGCCGAAAUCCGCUGCUGGAACCGACGAGGGAGCUCCCGGUGAUCGGAGGCACGGGCGCCUUUCGGCUCGCUCGGGGAUACGCCGUUGUUGGAAUUUAUUUGUAUGAUAAAGCCGCGCGUUAUUCUGUUCUCGAGUAUACUGUUUAUGUGAUCUCACGUAGACAUAUGUUGUGUGUAUGAUUUUAUUAUUGUUAUUGUUAAUAUUAUUAUUAUUAGACAUCUUUGUAUAAUAAAUUAAGGGGUUUCGACAUUUCUACGAUGUCAUGGGAAAAAUCGAAAGUUAAUAGUAAUAAAGUUAGGGACUUUUAUUUGA